AAGAAACAUGAGCUCCGACAUGAAUCUCCCGAAGAAAGACAAAAACAGGGCCGGAGUGGGCCCCUUUUUCUGCCCGGGAGUUUCAUGCCCAAACCCGGCCCACUUUUUCCAUGGAGGAAGACUGAGACUUGUCCAUAACAAUUUUUACACUGAUUCAUAUGUUAGACAAGUGAUUUGAGUUGAAUAUGAAGUAUGAUUCAGGGUGAGAGAUCAGACUCACCUGAACCCAGCUGUGUGUCCAUGAAGAGUGAUCGGUCAAUGUCCCUUCCACCAGUGUUCAGUGACAGAGACCGUUCUACUGAUCUGAGUAUGAUUCAGGGUGAGAGAUCAGACUCACCUGAACCCAGCUGUGUGUCCAUGAAGAGCGACUGGUCAAUGUCCCUUCCACCAGUGUUCAGUGACAGAGACCGGUCUACUAAUCUGAGAUCAGUGAAGAGAAAAAGAUCAGACUCACCUGAACCCAGCUGUGUGUCCAUGAAGAGUGAUCGGUCAAUGAUUGAUCCCAUAACAUUCAGAGAAGGAAAUCCUUCUACUGAUCUGAGAUCUGAUUACCCCGAAUGUUUUGAGGAAAAGGAUGAGGAAGAUCGGUGUAGUUUCAGAGAGGGGGCACCGAAGAUCACACUACAUGUCCUGAAGAAGAUGAACCAGACAGAUUUAGCCAACACACUGCAGACCAAGCUGGUCUCUGUUUAUCAGAAGAACCUAAAAACCAAACUGAUAGAGAAAUAUAAAAGAAUUAAUGAAGGAAUCUCACAGCAUGGAUCAUCAGUUCUCCUGGAUCAGAUCUACACUGAGCUCUACAUCACAGAGGGUUCGAGUGGAGACAUCAAUAAUGAACAUGAGGUGCGACAGAUUGAAACGACAUCCAGGAGACCAACAACACAGGAGAAACCCAUCAAAUGUAACGACCUCUUUAAAGACACGCCCAUCAGAACUGUGCUGACUAAAGGAGUUGCUGGAAUUGGAAAAACAGUCUCUGUGCAGAAGUUCAUUCUGGACUGGGCUGAAGGAAAAGCCAAUCAGGACGUUCUCUUCAUGUUCCCACUUCCCUUUAGAGAGCUGAAUCUGAUGAAGGAGAAACAUCUCAGUCUGAUGGAGCUUCUUCAUUAUGUUUUUCCAGAAUUAAAAGAAAUAAAAUCAAUAAACUGCAGCAUCUACAAGAUCAUUUUCAUCUUUGAUGGUCUGGAUGAGUGUCGACUUCCUCUAAAUUUCCAGAACAAUGAGAUUGUGUGGGAUGUAACAGAAUCAGCCUCAGUGGAUAUGCUGCUCACAAACCUCAUCAAGGGGAACCUGCUUCCAUCUGCUCUCCUCUGGAUGACCUCUCGACCAGCUGCAGCCAAUCAGAUCCCUCCUGAGUCUGUAGCCCAGGUAACAGAGGUACGAGGGUUCAAUAAUCCUCAGAAAGAGGAGUACUUCAGGAAGAGGAUCAGUGAUGAGGACCUGGCCAGUAAAAUCAUCAAACACAUGAAGUCAUCAAGAAGCCUCUACAUCAUGUGUCACAUUCCAGUCUUCUGCUGGAUUUCAGCCUCUGUUCUAGAGAGAAUGCUGGGUGAAGCAGAGGGUGGAGAGAUCCCCAAAACUCUGACUCAAAUGUUCACACACUUCCUGAUCUUUCAGAUCAAACACAAGGAACAAAAGUAUCAUGGGAAAUGUGACCCUGACCCUAAUCAGACCAGAGAGACGAUACUGGCACUGGGAAAACUGGCUUUCCAACAGCUGAGAAAAGGAAACCUGAUCUUCUAUGAAGAAGACCUGAGAGAGUGUGGUAUUGAUGCCAGAGAAAUGUCAGUGUACUCAGGAGUGUGCACCCAAAUCUUCAGAGAGGAGUUUGGGUUACACCUGGGGAAGGUCUUCAGCUUUGUUCAUCUGAGCGUCCAGGAGUUUCUGGCUGCUUUAUUUGCAUUUAUCUGCUUCAUCAGUAAAAAUCCACCAGAAGAACAAACCACUGAUCUGUCUGAUCUGUUCACCAAGUCCAACAUGUGUGAUUUCCUCAGGAGUGCAGUGGACAAGGCCUUACAGAGUGAGAAUGGACACCUGGACCUUUUCCUUCGCUUCCUUCUGGGUCUCUCACUGGAGUCCAAUCAGACUCUCUUACGAGACCUACUGACACAGACAAGAAGUAGAUCUCACAGUAAACAGGAAACUGUGGAGUACAUCAAGGAGAAGAUCAGGGAGAAUCCCUCACCAGAGAAAUCCAUCAAUCUGUUCCACUGUCUGAAUGAACUGAAUGAUCAUUCUCUAGUGCAAGAGGUCCAGACUUACCUGAACAAAAUAAAGCCAGGUUAUCAAUUUUCAUCCUCUGGUUGUCUCAGUGAAAUCAGUCUCUCUCCUGCUCAGUGGUCAGCACUGGUGUUUGUGUUGCUGAACUCAGUAGAAGAUCUGGAUGAGUUUAAUCUGAGUCAAUAUUACAGAACGGAUGAAGGUCUUCUGAGGCUUCUGCCAGUGGUAAAAGAAUCCAGAAAAGCUGAGUUGGAUUCUUGUCAUCUAACAGAUGAAAGUUGUGCAGCUCUGUCCUCAGUUCUCAGUUCAAACUCCAACAAUCUGAGAGAUCUGAACUUGAGUUACAAUAAGCUGGAAGAUUCCGGAGUGGAGCUGCUCUCUGCUGCACUGAAGAAUCCACACUGUAAACUGGAGAUACUGGAGUUGAUACGUUGUUCUCUAACAGGUGAAAGUUGUGCAGCUCUGUCCUCAGUUCUCAGUUCAAACUCCAACAAUCUGAAAGAUCUGAACUUGGGUUACAACAACCUGGAGGAUUCAGGAGUGAAGCUGCUCUCUGAUGGACUGAAGAAUCCACACUGUACACUGGAGAUACUGAGGUUGGUUUGCUGUGAUCUAACAGAUGAAAGUUGUGCAGCUCUGUCCUCAGUUCUCAGUUCAAACUCCUCCAAUCUGAGAGAUCUGAACCUGAGUAACAACAACCUGCAGGAUUCAGGAGUGAAGCUGCUCUCUGAUGGACUGAAGAAUCCACACUGUAAACUGGAGAUACUGGGGUUGGAUUGUUGUUCUCUAACAGGUGAAAGUUGUGCAGCUCUGUCCUCAGUUCUCAGUUCAAACUCCAACAAUCUGAGAGAUCUGAACCUGAGUCACAAUAAGCUGCAGGAUUCAGGAGUGAAGCUGCUCUCUGCUGCACUGAAGAAUCCACACUGUAAACUGGAGAUACUGGGGAUGGUGGACUGCUAUAUUACAGAAGAAGGUUUUAUAUCUCUGGCUUCAGCUCUGAGAUCAAACUCAUCAUCACUCCUGAAAGAUCUGAAUCUGAUCCACAAUAAACCAGGAGAAUCAGGAGUGAAGCUUCUCACUGAUCUACAGAAGGAUCCUCACUGUAAACUGGAGACACUAUAGUGAGUCACUGACUUCCUGUUUCAUUAUAACAGAGGAUCCUAAACUUUUUACAGCCACGUAGCUCCUGUUACAUUAAACUGAGUUCCUCCCAUGGCAGAGGAGAAAGUAUUCACACCCUAUAUUAAAAUGUAUAAAUAUAAAGAUUACAUGAAAGUUUCUAGAUAAUAAUGUUAAAAUAUUAAACUGUUCUGGUACGAACUUCACCUGGUUUCAUUUUAUAAGACGUUGUGAUUGGUUGGAAAGAUUUCACACAGUGAGUAUCAUCAUCAUGAUAAAGGUGAAGGAGCUUCCUGAACUUCUCAGGAACUAAAUAAUACAACUAAACUUCAGUAAAAAAGCUACAGAGCCACGACAAACACCUUCAACAUCCCAGUCAGUACAACUGGUUCCAUCAUCACAAGAGGAAAGAUGAAUGAAAUCAGAAUAAUCUGGGGUGUAAAAUGUGUAAUAAAAGAAUAAUAGCAGGUAAAUCCACAAAGUUGAAUCAGUUCAUCUGGACACAAAUGUUGUAGAGCAUAUGCAAAUCACAAUGACCAUUAAUUACAAUGGCCAUGAGUGCCUUUCACAUAUGAUUGGGGUAAAGCUCCUAUUACGGCGUUGUAAGAUGGUGAGAGAUGUACUCUCAGGCGCCCUCCCCGGUUCAGGGAUGGUCGUUCCCUCUUUACAUAGGCCUCUUUGACUCCCUGUUCAAACCAGCGUUCCUCCUUGGUCAAGGAUCUGCACAUCUUCAUCAUUACAUGAGUGGCCGCUGGCUUGCAGGUGAGUGUAAACCACGGAGUCCUGGCCAGAAGAGGAAGAUCUUCUAAGAAGGCUAAACUGUUGUUGCUUGCAUCCUCCCUUGUGAACUUGAUGUGUUUGUCCACCGUGAUGUGGUCCGUGAAAUAUGGUACUUCCUUGGAUUUUAUCUUAACUACCUGAACCAAUGACUUUGUGGCGUCCCUGAGUAGGACCUUAGUGCCUUCUUUUCCACUUCCUCCAUGUACAGGUUUACAACAAUAGGUGAGACUGGGGACCCCAUAGCACACCCAUGUUUCUGUUUGUAGAACUGUCCUCUGUACGCAAAAUAGGUGGACUGAAGACACAGUUGUAGGAGUGUGCACACCUGGUCCAUGGUAAGGUCUGUGAAAAAGCCCGUGUGUUGCAGCAUGUUAUAUGCAGAUGAAAUGUUUCUUUCAUUGGAAAGCUGAAGCUCCACCAUGGGCAGAACAGAGAUCAGAAGCUCCACAUCCCUUCAAUCUUCUUGUGACGGUCUGUCCAGUAACUGCAAUAUUAGAUGGAAAGAGUCUUUGGCUCAGGUCCACAUGCAUUUCCCAGUCCCUGGCUAUGCUCAGUGUACAUAAGUCUAGAGGUGAGGGAUUGGUCUGCUGUUUUUCCUCUUCCUGAAUAAAGGAUGUUAACUGUGGGAAGGUAAUCUAGACAUUAAGGGGGGGGGGGGCUGCAUUGGCUGCACUGGUCUCUCUUUUGCUUGGUUAUGGCGUUCGGUGUGUCUACCUUGAGUUAAGCUGUUCUUGGAACCCACCAGGAUGUUUGAGUGUUGCUGGGGCUGCAGGUUGGAGACAGGCUGGAUCUUUACCAAGCCAGAGAUGAAGUGUACCCGGCCAAUAAAGUGAUUCUGAUAAAUGUUCUACAGUUACAGUAGAUUUUUAUCAUUAUUACAUUAAAUAAAUACUAAUGCAGCAGCUUAGUUGUUGUAACUAAAUGUUUGCAAGAAGUCUUUCUGAGGUUCUAGAUCUCAGGAAUGUUUUAAUGCUUUUAACGGUUUUCCUUAUGUAAAGCACUUUGAAAUGCCACUGUGUAUGAAAGGUCCUAUACAAAUAAACUUGCCUUGCCUUGAUUAACUAGUAUUGAUUAAGUAGUUUCUUUGAAACUACUCAAAUUAUUAUUUUACAGCUGCACUACGAGCUGUUUGUUGGUUUUAUUUACUCUUCACAGUAAAUUCAAUAUGUAACGCUGUAAUGCUAGUGCUUUUUUAUUGAGUAUGUAAAGUAACCUUCAUUUUAUUCUGUCAUGCUGGAGAAUUGAUUUGUAUAAUAAAA